UGACAGCUGCGCUGUCACUCAAACUUUCUCCCCCGAAAGUUUGUAAAAUAGUGCGUUGUUUACAACAAGUUUUUUCUGAAUCGUGCCAAAAAUUUCCAUUUUUUUUUAGCGAUAUCGUGAUUACCAAAAGUUUCGGCGCACCAGCCUGACGAUGCGAAUCUGCCGCGUUUGUGGCGAAUCGUUGCUAGCGCAAAGCCAGCCCCAGAGCUUGGACAGGUACACGGGCAUUUACUUCCACCUGACCGCGAUCCAGCUGGCGGACCACGAAGAUCCCGCCCAGUGCAAGAUCUGCGGGCUGUGCAUCGAGAAGCUGGAGGACUUUGACCGCUUCCGGAAGGUGUGCCUGGAGGUGCACUGGCGGCUGAGCAAAGUGAAAUUUGAACCGAUAGAUGAGGAUGCGCACGAGGAGACGGUUCAGGUGGAGUGCAAGACCGAAUUUCAGGAAGAUUUUGAGCUGAUCCGGAGUGUGAUUAAGGAGAAGAACGAGGUGGAAUCCAGCGAUGAAGAGGAGGACGAUGAUGGCAAUUUGGACGGGAAUGACUCAGACUCGGACGAUGAAGACGACGAUUACAUGGAUGAUGAUAUCGUUGCAGACGAACUUCCGUUGUUUCCCAAAACAGAGUCCGGCGAUUCUGACUCGGAGGAUGAGCCCAAGCCUAAGAAGAAACGAGCCAAGUGGGGCAGUUUGAAAAAGGAGCGCAAGGAACCAAUGCAGGUUUACGAGUGCGACCAAUGUCCGAAGAAGUUCCGCGUCCUGAUGCGAUUGAACGCCCACAAACGAACCCACGAAGGUUUGAAACCGUUCGUUUGCGAGCUCUGCGGAAAGGACUUUGCCAAGUGGAACAACCUGAAAACGCAUCGCAUCCAGAAGCACUCGGACAACAAAAUCGCCAUGCCGUGCAUGGAGUGUGGCCAAACGUUCGCUACCAAGCAGGGCUUGAAGCGACACCGGGAGCGCAACCACGACCCCAACUACGUCGCACCGGAGCCGAUUUCGUUCAUGUGUGACACGUGCGGCAAGACGUUCACCACCAACGGAACGCUCAAGAAGCACAAGUACAUCCACACGCCCAACGAGAUGCCGUUUGUGUGUCAAAUCUGCGACAAAAAGUUCCCCACCAAGCACAAAUUGCACGAGCACACGAUGCGACACGAGGGCGUAAAGAAUCACACUUGCCCGUGCUGCGGCUUGCGGAAAACGACCAUGCAUGAGCUGAGGACGCACAUGAAGAACGUACACUCCAAGUCGCGGACGAUUCCGUGCGAUUUCUGCACCACGAUGUUUGCCAACAUUGGAAACCUCAACCGCCACGUCAAGAUUGUCCACCUGGGCGUAAAGCCGUACAACUGCACGGUUUGCGAUCGCGCAUUCGGCAAAUCCGACCACCUCAAACGCCACAUGAAGAGUCACAAUCGAACUGGGGGGCCCAGCGGAGGAGGAGUAGCUACGGAAGCAGACGAUGAUCACAUUCCAGUCGUGGACGCGGCGGCCACGUUGCCAUCCCAACCGGCGGCCCACACUCCGAUGGCGCCGAUGCUGGCGCAGAUGUUCCAGCGUCGACUCGUCCGUAAACCCCAGCAGAUUCUCCAACACCCGGCUGCUCAGCUGAUUCGACGACGUCUUGAUCUCCUUCUCGCGGAUCUGCUCGUACACGUUGCAGGCCAUCGUGCUCCGCUCGUCCGCGUCCUCCAGCCCGUUCAUCGCUUCCAGAAUCUCGACGAAAUAGUUGUACUCGUCCUGCUCCAGCUCAGCCCCCCUCCCGAAGCUGUUCUUCCGGCCGAAACCCUUCGCGUUCUGCAGGAACCGCUUGCCGGCGGAUUUCUUCUUUUUGUUGCGAUUCUUGAAGUGGUUCGAGCCACGUUCCGUCUGCGGCUCAAUUGCGUCCUGGAGGAGUACCACUACCUCGCGGAACCGUUCGACCGUGGCCAGCUGAAGGAAAUGGCCAGCGCGGUCCCGCCCAAGGAUUGCCGCGCCGACGAGGAGUUUCGCGAAAGUUUGACGUCGCGCCAGCGGGAAGUGCUCGACGAGGUGCAGGAGCUGGUGCGCGAUCGGAUCGGGCGGCGGGCGCGCCAGGAAUCGGUCAAGGACGUGGUCGGCAUGCAGGUGGACGUGAGCGCCCAGUACCGGGUGACCUGCGACAGCUACAAGGAGAUGCUGGGCAAAAUAAAGAUCUACGAACUGGACGUCAUGCUCGAGGACCGGCACAUCGAGGAGCUGCGCCUGGACAGUUUGGAGGUGAAGUACACCAUGACCGAUACCCUGUCAAAGGUUGCACUGCUCCAGGAAUCAGCUCUUCCGGAAGUCAAUACAAGAAGAAUAGUGCUCAACAAGAUGGACAUGUGCCGGGCCUGCGGGGAGUUCCCCGACGGGACCAACCAGCUGUCGGAGUACUUGGAAAAGUAUUCCGACAUUUACUUCAAUCUGACAUCGAUUAAGCUGCCUCCAGGGGAAGAUUCGGACCGGCAGCGGAUCUGCGAGGGAUGUCACCUGAAGCUGUUGGAGUACAACCGAUUCCGGACGGUUUGCUUGCAGGUUCAUUACAAGCUAUCGGCUAUUAAAAAGGAAAUUGAACCAGACCAGGGAGAUGUCGUGGACUUGGAGUGCAAGCCAAACGUCGACGCGCUGAAGAUUGAGCAGUUUGAUUUCUCUGACAACGACUUGGCGGAAGAUGACGGACGGAAUGCGGGAAAAGAAGAAGAGCACUCCGAGGAUGACAAUUCGUUCCAGGGAGAUUCCAGCUCGAAUUCCAGCAGCGAGAGUGAAUCGGAGGACGAACGACCGAUCGCCAGUCGGCGGAAAAAUAAGCAGAAGCAGAGCGCCAAGUCCAAACCGGUGGACGACAGCAAGGAGCAGAUUUAUCCCUGUACGGAGUGUAACAAAAAGUUCCGCAGCGAGACGCGCUUCCAGGGCCACAUGCGGAUGCACGAGGGUCUCAAACCGGCACUCUGCACGACCUGCGGCAAAUCGUUCGCCAAGUACAACAGUCUGAAGCUGCACAUCAACCAGAAGCACUCGGAGAACAAGGUCAAGUAUCCGUGCGACUUUCCGGGCUGCGAGCACGUCUACUCGACGAAGCAAACGAUGCAGCAGCACCGGAAGAAGCACGACCCGAACUACGUGACGCCGGAGCAGAAGCGGUCCGUUUGCGAUCAGUGCGGCAAGACGUUCUCGACGACCGGGGCGCUAAAGAAACAUAGUUACAUUCAUACUGGCGAUAUGCCUUUCCAGUGCACAGUCUGUAAUAAAAAGCUUCCAACGGCUCACAAGCUGAAGGAACACACAAUGAGACAUGAGGGAGUCAAAAAUCACGUUUGCCCGUACUGUGGAAUGAAGAAGACGACUCGUCACGAGCUAAAGGUUCACAUGAACUAUCACACCCGUGAGAAGCAAUUCACGUGUCACGUGUGCGCACAAGUCUUUUCCAACAUUGGCAACAUGAGCCGCCACAUCCGCAUCGUCCACUGUGGCAUCAAGAAGUACUCGUGCACGUACUGCGAGCGCUCCUUUGGCAAGGCCGAAACGCUCAAGCAUCACGUCAUGAUCCACACGGGAGAGAAACCGCACGAGUGCAAGAUAUGCGGCCGGCGCUUCAUCCAGUCGGUGGCGCUGCAAACGCACAUGAAAACGCACCGGAAGCAUCAACAGCAGCAACAGCAAUCGAUGCAGCAACAGCAGUCGCCUUCGGUUGGGCCGCAAAUUGCACCCCAGCUGGCGCUUGAUCCGCAGCAGCAGCAGCAGCAAACUCAGCUUCACCAUCCGUCGAUGAUGAUGCAUUCGCCACCGCCGCAGAUUCCGCUUGGGGCGCCCCAGCAGCAGCAUUUACAGUGAGAACAUACAUUUAAAAUGUGAACUGUGUAUAAAGUGGCUUGGCGUAGGGAAGGGAAAUGAUGAAUCUUUGUAAACUCUAUAAUAUCUCUUAUAACGUAAACUAAGUUAUAUUUCUGAAAAUAAACGUAAUUGUGUAAUUAA